AGCAAGACAUUCGGCAACUUAGUUUUAUUUAAGUUAGCUAGGACCACCUAGGACGAAAAUCACUUCCACAUCGAGCUCAGAAGUAUUUACUCACAUACACACACGGAAACAAAAACAUUCUUUAUUGCCAUUUUUAGAACUCGAAUUGGUAGACAAGCUCGAUUUCUACUCUUCAUUUCGCGAAAAUGUUGGGACAGCUUUUCCUGGCAAUUUUCACCUGCGAUUGGCGGGCGUUCAAGCCCUGGGUGUAUUCUCCGGAGCACUUUUGGCUGCUCCUCAACGCGGGUAUUGCGUCCAUGGUGUGUGGAAUGUUGCUGUUUUGGGCGCUGAUUGACAUCGUUUUCUGGUUGAUGACCCGUGACCAGCAGGGCCUACGUGAUUUCAACUACCCGUCCUGGCUACGAAAUGCAAAAGCAUCGUACUAGUAUAAAUCGCAUGACAAAUUUCCUCAGCAUGAAAAAGAAAAUUUGUAAUGCGGAUUUAACCUGAGAAAAAAACUUGUAAUGCAUGAAUGCGAUUAAUAGUACGAGUGCGAUACUUUUGCACAGGAUACUGGCUCCACUUCACGCACAUGCCGCUGAAACUGAGUAUGGGACUCUCAAUUGUUACAUUCUCAACUGUUACAUGAAUUUGUAAUGCCAGAAUACCAAAAUUCAAAGGGGGACAAUUGCGGCUCUAGCAUUACAAAUGCCGCACAGAUUUAAAUGCUGUUUAGCCCUCUGGGAAUUUGUCAUGCGGAGUCGCUUCACCCUGUGGAUGUUGAUGCUGAUUUUGCAUGAGAAAUCAUGUAACAGUUGAGAAUGUAACGUUUGAGAACGCCAUACUGAGCACCGAACGGCCGGAGGAACAGUGGCCGAAUUUCCACCUACCGCUGGAGCAGACCUCGUGGUACUACGUGGCGCGGCUUCCCUGGCUCCCGGUGCUUUCCCUGUUGCGCUACUUCAACGUGCUGGAAACGUUCCGGGCGGUGCAGGAGCACAAGAAGCCGGUGGUGCCCGCGGUUUUGGGAAACGACGACACGGUCGCGGAGCACGUCUGGUUUGAGUAUGUGCUGUUACUUGGCGUGGCGUUCUGCUUGGCACACUCGAUGAACACGGAGACGAAACUGAUACAACGCUGGAAAAACAUGAGGUAAGCAUAGAACAACAGUAUCUGAAGGCUGAUCAUGUUCAUCUAUACGUUGUAGACACUGGUGCGUCUCCGUCUUCUUAUCUGAUUGCAUGCAGUGCGGCAAGAACCCCAACCUUCCUGUUCUAGCCCACUUUAUUGCGUUCUUGAAAACAAGGAUGCAGUGAAGAUGAGUUUUGAUCACAAAGUCAAAUCCCACUGUUUCAUCCUACUUACUAUCACAGAGGCGUUGGUCGUCUAGUCGUGAUUCUCAUUCUGACCGUGCUGGAGAUUUUCGUCUGGUUGUGUGUCCGCAACGACUUCGGGUUUGGCAUCCAGAUCGGGUACACAAGGGUGCAAGCCACCCCGAACAACCAGGGCUACUCGCCGAGCAACUGGAUUGAGCACAUGCAGUGGCGUAUCCCGGACGUCCGCAUGUAUGCCAAGGACAGCACGAGCUUCUUCUCGCCCGAGUUGAAGGCGACCAUCGGCGCGGGCGCGAAUGCGGUGUUUAUACCAAGGCAACAGACUGUAGUCGGAGGGCCGGCCGCUGGAUUUGGUGGCGGCGGCGGAAUGUUCAAUAAUUAUGUUGGCGGAGGGGGCGGCCAUGGCGCAAAUAACCGUGGCGGUUUUAUGCAAAAUGUCCACGGCUUUGGCGGAAACAAUCAACGGCAGAACAAUGCUCCUGGGCGGCAGGGUGCGCCGGUGCCCAAUGCCUGGAACAAUAACCAGGGCGGUGGGAGUUCGUACUGGGCAAACGCGGGCGGGGGACAGCGGUUAGGGGGCGACGGGAACGGUGUGGGAGGCGGAC